UCGAGCCACCUGCAACACUCUCGAACGUUUUGUGAUGUGAAAAGAUAAUUAUUUUUCCCAUUUCUGUGUUCUGUUCGAAUCCUGCUUCGAGAAGGAUUUUUUCGCUUCUCGGCGGGUCUGAUCAUGGUCUGUCUGGCUAACCUUCAUUUUUUUCCAAGUCCCUUUCGAACAUCAAAGAACAAAGUACAGUGAGCAGAGGCAACUUCUGGGGUAGGGAGGUGUUGUGAGGGUGGUUUUUGUUUUUCCGUUUUUUUCCCACCUUGCAGCACGGAAUAGUAAGGAGCGCGCGCGAUUUCUCUCGUUUAUUAGCUCGCCUACUGUGCGUGUAUUUGUUGCGUGUGUGUGUGUGUUGGUGCGCCUUCUGUCAUCCAUCUUUUCGCAGGACCACACGCUCUUUUCGCAAUGUUCGCUCUCUUUUAUCACGUUUUUUCCCUCGUUGCGGUGUGUUUCCCCACAGCACACAGUGAGACUGUGAAGGCUUUAACGAUGCGUGGCGAAUGUCUGGUGGUGUCACUACAUAAGAAUCGUAUUUUUACCAUUUACAUUCUUUUUUUAAAUGCGUUCUAUUUCACUGUAACUGUAAAUGCAAAAUUAUCAAUUUAAUGUGCGUUUUAUUUAGAUUUAAACCUGUAAUCAACACCGGAAAACAGGCCCCAAACACACACACUCAUCACUAUCCUGGCACAAUCAAUCAGCCCCGAAAGCAAGCUGUUGAUGUGAAAGUGUUACCGUACACGCGAUCUGUCGGUUCGGGGUUUUGUCAAAACAUAGCAUUUUGUGGCCCCCUGGGUACACCGCCGCCCGUUCCCAAAGCACGUGGAGCGAUGGAGGCGCCUGGUGGUUGUUGCUAUUUUACGAGCAAAAUCCGGAUAAACGCCCACCCUCCGUGCUCCAUGCUACCCAACAACACAGAACACGCAACGUACAAAUUUUUGGGUGAAAGGAUCUAUCCCCUCCCCCCUAAAAUUUUUCCCACCAACCCAAUGCAACCAGUGUGUGUUUUCGGCCGUGUGAGCGCCAUCAAAGGGAAAUAGGGUUGUAAAAAUAGUACACCAUUCACAGGGAGGCACUAACACACACACGCAAAAGGCCACACACACACACACACGAGCUGUGUGCCGUAUUUGUGGCUACCGCCUUCCCCCAGUCUAUCGGUCAAACUCCCAUCGAACGUCGAAUGACCGCCAGGAAGAGUGAAUAAUAGAAUUAUUGUGCGGAAACUAAUUUAAAUUGACCGGUCAUGGCAGCUUCCGGUUUAGGUGGGGCGGGUUGGAAAAGUGGACGGUUAGCGGGUGCGAAAAAGUGUAGCAAAAUAAUAGUUUCAAGAGAGAUCGAAAACGGGGGCAAGUGAGUGGUAGUUUUUACCCGCGUGGUAGGAUCCUGGGAGGACUUUUGAAAUUCGUCCAAUUUUUUUGGGUAUUUGGCUGUGUGUGUGUUUGUGUGCGAGCCCGGAAAGGACGGAGUAAAACUUUUCCACCCAAAACUUGAUGGGAAAUUAAUUCAAUAAAACGGCAUCAUUCGUUUUGUGGCACUGUGGCGUUCGGCGCUUGGAACGGAUAAAUUGGGGACGGUGUUCGUGGGCGCCCGGCCCUAGCUAUUCGGGGGGUUUGAAUUGAAUUUAAUUCGACACCGGUGAACAACGUGUUAGCUCCUGUUUCUUUUUUGAAAUAAAAAAUAUAGGAAAAUGUUUUUUUUUUCCAUAGAGAUCUAGCGAGAAUUGCAAUUUAAAAGCAAGGGAAUUGAAGAUUAAAUAAACCAAGCAAAACAGCAGCGCUCGUGAAGCGAUCACACUCGGACGCUUCGAAACGGCCCCAUUUGAAGCCUUUACAUGGGGCUCGCUUGGCUGCCCCAGCAUUCCACGACUCCAGACACGAGACCACAUGCAGAGUGCAAUUUACGUGCAAUGCACAUCGGCCAGGAGGCUCUCGUAUGGAAAUGGUUCCAUUUUAGAUUUUAAUUAGACUCCGAUCGAUCGCCGCUGUGCUUGGGCAGGUUGGUCCAGGUUGUAGGUGUUCGAAGUGGAAGGAGGAGGAGGCACGUUUCCGAAGGCCACCCAUCGCGAACGGUAGAUUGAAGUCGAUUCCCUACCAGGCCGGACAGUGUGACAACGGCUCCCAUGGUGAGGGAACGAUUUUCGAUUUUCCCCCGCAGUUUAAUGGUGUUUCAGUUUGGGGGAAAUCGUUAUUUUAUUACCUAUUUGCUUCAUGUUUCGAAAGCAUCCAUGUGUGUCGUCCUUGUGUGCAAUAAGACAAGAAAAAAAACACAUAAACCUUAUCAUCGUUUAGCUGUGAAGGAAAGUUGUGCAGAACAUCACGUACACGGGCCGGCAGGAUAAAUAUAGUCAACGGUUCGAUUCGGUUCAAGUUUUGCGCAGCUCUGUUUUGGAAAAUACAAAACAAACACACACCCGAGAGAAAAAAAAACGUCUCGAGGAAAAUCGAAACACAUAAUUCGGCACAUACAGGCACGGGCGAUCGAAUCCGUUCAAGCGAUGAAGCGACAAACGGCAACCCGUAUGGAUUGCGUCGCCGUCUUUGGCUGCCAGCGCACGAAAUGAGUCGGAAAUCGGAAAAAUCCCCCAACCCGACCGUCCUGCCACAGCCUCCCCACAGCCUUCCCCGUCCCACCCCGCUCCCGGUGGUAGCUGUUCGAUAGAGAAGAUUUGUUCUCCGUCCACCCGUUUCCAACAUCAUCCUGUGUGCUGUGUUUGGUAAGGAUGGUGAGACAUAAAUAGAUUGCCGAUUGCCGCUGAAGGGGACAGUCCGAAGGGGGCUUGUUGUAGCCGCGUGCGGUGAGAAAACUCACGGAAAACACGGGUAGAAAACAGCCAAACGCUGGCCAGCAGCCAGCGCAAAUCGCACCAAAUGGACGAAAUAGGUGCUGUUCAUGUAGCAGUGAAGUCAGGUGCAGCAGUGUGGUGCCGUGUCGUGUGGUAGUUGGGACAGGGGAGAAGGGUGAUAGUGUGUGAGCGGAAGAGGAAAAAGAAGAUAAAUAGAAGAAGGAGGAAAAAUCAAUCAAACACGUGAGAUCACACCGUAGAUUAGAGAAGUGGACGAGGGAAAAUUGUGAAACGUAUGCUCAUACGACGAGCAGUGAAAAUCGCUACGAAUCGGUGAGCAGUGUGUAUGUGCUAUUCCGAAGGUGAGCCUAAUAAGGGCUAGGAUUUCAAGUUCAAGGUGAAUCCGGCAAGAGCCAGAAUCGACGGAAACGUGUUAUAAUUACAAGUGAAACAGUGCGCGCAGGGGUGAGUGUGUGUGUCUCACGAUGGCCGUGAACGUACUGGACGAGGAUCACUUCGCGAUCAGCGCGAUCGUGACGGUUGUGAUGCAGAUCAUCUUCUUCCUGAUCGCCGCCAUCUUUCAGCUCGACAAGCUGACCGAUUUUGCCGGCGGCGUUAACUUUAUCAUCAUUGCCUUACUGACGUUCUUUCUCGGGCAGAUCGAUCGGGCGCUCAAGCCCUACGAUAGCCGGCAGCUGAUGGUGACGGUGUUCGUGUGCCUCUGGGGAGCUCGGCUAUCCGGCUAUCUGCUCUAUCGGAUCGUGAAAAUCGGACGCGACAAGCAGUUCGAGGACAAUCGGCGCAAUGUGAUCCGGUUCGCCGUCUUCUGGACGUUCCAGGCCGUCUGGGUGUUUGUCGUAUCGCUGCCAGUCAUUAUCAUCAACUCACCGAGACACUCGUACCCGAAAGCACCGAAAACGAUGACGACGCUGGAUUCGGCCGGGACGGGCAUGUUCAUCACGGGACUGCUGGCGGAAACGUAUGCCGAUCUGCAGAAGUUUUCCUUCCGCCAGGACCCGAUCAAUCAGGGCAAGUUUUGCAACGAUGGCCUUUGGAGGAUGUCACGCCACCCGAACUACUUCGGCGAGAUCGUUAUCUGGUGGGGUAUCUUCGUUAUUUCGCUGAACGUCAUCGAGGGCAUCGAAUGGGUCGCUAUCCUGUCGCCGAUCUUUACGACCCUUAUCAUCCUGUUCCUGUCCGGCAUACCGGUCCGGGAACGGUCGGCGGACGAGAAGUAUCGGGAUGACCUCGAGUACCGAAAAUACAAAGCGUGCACAUCGCCCCUCAUACCGAUCCCACCAGCAAUCUAUGCCGAGGUGCCGCGAGCGCUCAAGUUCAUCCUGUGCUGCGAGUUCCCGCUGUACGAUUCGCUCGACAAGCGCCGCAAGGACGAGGGCCCGUUCGCGAUGACCACGUCCAUAUCGGUGGCACAUUCGCACUCGACCCACACCUAGCAAUCGGGUGGAAUGGCUGCAUCGGGACACUACUACCAUUCCUACUCCGGCGGCGGCGGCGGUGGAGGUGGAGGUGGAGGAGCCGGGAGUACGAGCACUUCCAAGGAGCGCAACUCGAUAGGGCGUGUGGCGAGCUACUCCUCAAGCCAUCGUAGUGGUGGCAGUGGUGGUACAGGAACUGCUGGUACUACUGCUGCUGGGGGUGGAACUGGUGAUCGUCGCAACGAACGCUCGAUGUCCUCGCAACAGCAGAAAGAGCACUACCACCGGACGAUCAGCAGUAACAGCGACUUCGAGGACUCGAUCGUCCCGGAUCGCAUCACCUGCAUAUCGGGUGCGGCACAUCCGCAGCAGCAGCAGCAUCACCACUACCACCAUCACCAUCACCAUACGCACCAGCAGCACCACUAUCAGCAGUACCACCAUCUGCCCCAGCAGCAUCUGCAGAAUCUGAUCGGUGACGGUAACAGUUACGCGUCCGGUUCCGCCCAGAUAACCACCAUUUUGUGAUCCCGUCGUGGCAGUUUCGCGUGCGCUUUAGAUUUUGGGCUGCUGUGAUGGCAUUUAGCGGCACUGCCUCACCUCUUUUUUCGCUGUGUAGACAUACAGACAUAUAGGCCUACCUACUAUCGUUAACGUUUGUACAUACGGUGGUUGAGAAACCCUGCUCUGCCAGAGCACCGGGUGUGUUGCAAUGGGGUUUUUGCGCUUCGCUCGUUCGUUCGUGUUUUUUUGUUUGUUUCGCGGUGGCGUUAGUUAAGUGAUGUUAUAUAUUAAGAUAGCAAAAACAGAUGCGUUCAAGAGAUGCUAUAAGCUAGGGGUACGAGGCCGGUUUGUUAAGGUCGUUCAAAAAAAAAUCUCGCUAGUUCCUGUUCAGUCGUCUGUCGAGUUGCGUAGUGAUUUUAGUCGUAGUUUGUCCCUCCUAAACGUAUUCCGUACUACGAUUAGAGAAAUGUUAAAUUGGCACGCGCGUGUUACAAAGCUUCUCUCAAAAGUUUGACGAUAUCUAAAAAAUCCAGAACUUACGUUUGACGAUGGCCGGAAACUUACCUCGGCACAGCACAUAAGUUUGUCAACGAUUGUUAUUCAACUCUGCGCCGAGUAUCAAACGGAAGAAUCUGAGGCUCCUGCAAGUGCUCCCCACCAAACUUUUCUCGGAAUCUCGGAUUCGGCACAAAACGAGCAGCAGCUAACGAUACAACGAAUAAUGAUGACGCUCGUGUGACCUUUCCGUUUGAAGUUCCGUGUUGCGUUUCUGCCCUAUCAUUCGGUGAAUGAGUAGUUGAAUUUUUCCUCUUGGUCUUGAUUUCUUGAGCUUCAUUAUGUCCUGUCGUUUGGAUUGAACUGUAUGCCCAUUUUUAUUUCCAUCCAGCCACCAGUUCACUCACCCGUUUUUCGAGUGGCGUUUUCCUCGCUUCCUUUGCUGCAGUACUCUGAGCACACUAUUGUACUGCAACUAACGAGCUCAUCCAGGGACGGGAAAUGAUGAUGUUGAGCUUUCGUUUCCUGUUCCUAUGCAAACCCAAGCUUCAAGAAAAAUAAAACGCGCAAACCCUAAACAACCGCAUGUGAUUCUUCAAACGCUUCAGAGAGUCGCGUUCGGUGGUGUGUUUGUAGGUAUCAGGGAAUAUUUUCUGGAUCCGAUUCCGACACUUACCGACGCGGCUCGACAAUUCGAAAGCACUUCAAACAGCUAGCGAAUUUCAAAACUAACCAUUCAAAUGGAGACUUCCGCGUUAAACGUUCAAAGCAAGGGUAAAUGUGCUUGAUAACGGUUGAUGAUCCAGUGCGAUUUCAAAGUAAAACCUAACGAAAUAUUUAAAAACAUAUUUGAAAACAUGGAAACUUAUAGUUUGCUAUAGGGAAGAAUAAAACAAAGGUCGAAAUUUGUAUCACCCUAAAGAAAAUUGUUGAACGAAAAAGAUACGGCAAAAUCAUGAAAAAACACAAGAAAAGACAAACAAAGAAGUUUAACAACAUUGAGCUCGUAGUGUUUUAGAAAUUAGAAAAUUACACCAACAACAAAAAAUUCUUCUUAAGCCAUUUACAUAAAGGACCUACUUUAUACCAUUCGCCUUCGUUGGCGAGAGAUUAAAAAAGAGCACAUGUUUUUCACACCACAUUUUCUUCGGGACAGCUACAAUUUUAUGGACCCGACCGGUUCUGGAUUUUAAUGGUCACGAGAUUUUUAUUGCUACAAUCACUCGACAUUGUAGUGCGGUAUAGAACGUAUAUUACCUAUCUUAUCUAUCUCCUUUUUACUACCCUAACAAAACGAAAAAAAAACUCCAACCAAACAAACAAUCUUUACUACUCUUGCUCUAUCUACCUUUCCACACUAGAGGAUAAAGAAUAUAAAGGAAACACGAAGAACUAUAUACAUAUAAAAACCACGUAACAAUUUACACCUCUCUUUCUCUCUCUCUCUCUCUCUCUCUCUCUCUCUCUCGAACCAUAUUAUGGGUCUGCACCAUCCUCUUCAAGUAGAGUAAUGCUAAACGGGCAAGAAACCUUAUACCAAAAUGUAGAACUGAUUAGUAGAAACUCCUAAUAUGAAGCUAUGCUGCCAUCUUCUAAACCUUCUCUCUGGCAGGUUAAGUGAAGGAUAGAAAAUGCAAAUUGAGGAUGCGGGAAAACCCCUGUCUAUUGUAAUAUUAAUAAACCCCUAUCGAAUUUGGUCGUGUUCAGCAAAACAUAAAACAACAAACACCUGUAGUGAGACGUUUCCAAAGACUUAGAGAAUCAAAUGAGCCACUGGGCCAGAUGGUGAGAACUGUUCUAUCUGGCUCUUUUGUUUUGGGUUUGAUUUUCGUUUGACUUUUCUACAAAACUCGUGCACAAGUGUAUACUUAGAACAGGAGAGAAAAAAAUCGAAACACAAACUCAAACAUCUCUGUAACCUUUCACCACCUGUUGGACCUUAACUUUGCUCAAAGCUCUUCAAACAGAUCGUUUCCUUACAGGCGCACCAUGUUUAAGGAAGUUAACCCAAUAGCAAAUUUUUAUCGCAACACUACUAGCCCUUUUUAUCACUCGGAUCGAACGUUUGCAUUGAGGAAAAUAGACUAUCAAAUUCGACGUUCAAGCAUUUUUCCACAAAAAAAUCCACCACCCAGUAUGGAGCGGCCAUACUGAGACCUUGGACAAGAUUUCCUCAAGAAUUCGUCUUCGAAUCUUGGAAGAUCUGAUAGAGGUUUACUGAGGACCUCUUAGUUGAGAGAUCUCUUCGAUCGUCAACUAAUAAGCCACUAAUUUUGAGUGAUUGGACGCACGAACGUCUUCCUCUCAGAAAUGGAUGGAGUUUUUUGUAUAAAAAGGACCAUCCAGUCCAGAACAUUUUUAACCGUCUAGAUGCAUGCUCUGGGGUAUCUUCACACGGCAUGAUCGGGAUUCAAAUCUCAUUUGGGCCGUGACUAUCCAACUAUUUGGUAUCGAUAAGUGUAGUAAGGCUAACAUGGCAGGCAUGACCUUAAGAAAGACGUUAGGCUAAGAAAGAAGAAGAGAUGCUCUGACGUUUGGAUCCAAGUUUUUUUUCCGAAGAAAGAUCCUCGAAAGUAUUUACUGGAUUAAAAGGAUUGUGCAUCACUGUUGGAUGGGCCGAACCUGCCCUCUGAGAGACGUUUUCGCUUAUCUCCAGAAGUGAGAAGAUGUGGUCAGAUCUCGAAGCAGAUAUAGACGGUCCAACUUCCAUUUUCCAUCGGUCUUCACUAAAUUCUUCUGUAGAUAUGGCAAUAGCUGCUCCAAUUCAACUGACACCACGGUAACAGUUUGUCCACACUCUCGGACUUCGGAUGACCGACGAGGACACAGUGCCCUCCCAUGAAAAUCAGUCUAUUUCCCUUCGAUGCAUACGCCUGAGCCUCAUCAUCAAAUUUGAAAAAAUGUCAAUUUUUAUCCCUUAACUUCUUGUUGGUGGCGGACCUGGCGGCGACAAAGAUAUCGAUAACAAAGAAACCAAUAGUAUAAUAUACCCACGCUCAGCAUCACAAACGAGAUAACAAAAAAAAAAACACGAAGCACAAAACACAUCCCACCACCAAUUAGGCUAUGGAACAAAGUACGGAACAAAUUUAUCACACUAUUGUCAGUAGCGGGUAUCGAACGCGAAGAUGGUCGGUUUAAUCAUCUAUUUGAAGAAGCAGAAAAAAGAAACAGGAAAAACGUUGGUUCAAACGUGCGACAUUCACAGCAAAAACAAGUUAACCAAUUAUACUAAAAACAAAACACACAACCACACAAAACGAAACAAGCACGACAAGCAAGCAGAGGAAAACAAAAUGGAGACAACCAAGCGUAGAUAGGAAAGGAGGUAGAGAAAUGGAACAAGCAAGCAAAAGUAUCGACAUGAUAAUCAAACGUGUAAGACCAAUUGAUAAAACAGAGAGAGAAAGAAAGAAGUAAAAGAGAGAAAGGGAAAGCAAUGCAAGAUGGUUAUUUUAAGAAUAUUAACCAAAAAUGGAAAUGAACACAAUGAACCGUUGCAACAGCUCGAGUGCAGUUCAGGCGGAAAACUCCUCCCAAAACAUAAUGGAUUUCAAAGAAAAAACAGAACGUUUAAUGCAACUCGUGAAGUCAAGACAAAAAAAAGCCCAUUUUUAGCGUGUAAGUGAGAGCAUAUAUACAAAAGGAAGCGGAAAGGCGACAUACCGACAUAUAUUUUUAGCAGAAACUAAUUGAAAAGAACAAACAGCAGCAGAGUAGCUAAAACAACAAAACAAACAAACUCACACAUACAAAUCGUGACAAAAAAUCAGUUGAGCUGAAGCAAAACGAACUACACACACGUUAGUAGAUGAAACAAACCGAGGGUGUAACAGUUGAACGAUUGAAGUGCGUAGCAAAUGAGAUGACAGAACAAAACAAAUUCGUACGCAAGAUAACAACAAAUUAAAAGACUUACUACUUAUUAGUAUAGGCGUGGCAAUAUUACUAAAAACAAAAACCAACUAUAUAUAUACAUACAUGCAUAUAUAUACAUAUAAUGAUCAUUGAUUCUUUCAAAAAGAUAUAUGAACGCAACUAACUAGUAAGCAUUAUGUACCUUCGCGCUGUGUACGUGUGACAGCACACACACACA